AUACUUUUUUAGAGACUCGUGUGGACAUCAACGAACAAAGAGGAAGACCCGGAGGGGCAGGACGAGGAAGAAGACGGGGUGGGGGGGCACAGCCUCGGGAGGUGCUCCCACGCCAAACAAAAAUGAGGAAACAGUGAUCAACUUGUCGGACACAGAACUCUCUCCAGAAUGCACCAGUCUACUCGCUAAAGGUCUAUCAUAUGCUCCAACACACCAAGCCAACCCGUUCCAGAUGAAAGUGGAUCUAUAUCGUUUCUACCGCAACUUACACCUCAAGGCAUGGUACCACAACCAGCCCUCUGCGACGGCCAACGCGGUGCUGGAGUCUCCAAACGCACAGGACAAGCUGUACAGGCAGGUCAUGGGAACAGCAAUGGGCGCUGCAUAUGCUCCAAACUACGCAGGCCUCUAUCUGGGACUAUGGGAGGAACGCUUAAAGACUUCCAUUUGUACCUGAACAGCAUCAACCACAACAUAAAACUCAGCCUGGAGUUCAGUACUACUUCAAUCAACUUUCUUGACCUGAACAUCUAUGUGGACUCGGACGGGACUCUUCAUACCACCAUCUACAGGAAACCUACCGAUAGGAACACCAUCCUCAGGGCCGACAGCUUUCACCCUAACAGUUUAAUCUCAAACAUCCCAUACGGACAAUUUCAGAGACUUAGACGAAUUUGCGACUCUGACACUGACUUUGAAACUCAAUCUGCUGAGAUGUAUGAAAGAUUUAAACAAAGGGGUUACAAGGACAGAACUCUGAAUAGUGCAUUGUCUAAAUCUAGAUCAACAGAACGAACAAACCUUUUCAAACCCAAGCCCAGAAGACCUGUGAGUAACAGAAUUUUUUGCUCUCUACAAUACACUAACCAAACCAACAGUAUCAAACAAAUCAUCAAAAACAACUGGGACAUUCUACGGAGUGACACCACUCUUGCCCCUGUCUUCUCUGAGCCUCCGCAAUUUGCUGUGAAAAAGGGCCCCCACUCUCAAGGAUAA